UUGGAAGUAAACAGCACGAUUUGACAAAUAUGUCACACUUUAAAAAGUUGUGAAGUAAUCGAAAUCUCCAGGAAAACUUUAUUUGCGAGAAAAUACCACCAGUAAAUCAAAACUUAAAAGCAAUCUUAGCGCCGAUGACUCGAUGAUAACGCCGAAUGGAUGUUGUAAACGGUAAAACUAUCCGAAAAUGAAAGAAAAUGGGAACAAUUGCAUCAGUGCUACAAUGGACCUGUGCCAAUUGCAAUUUGAUCAAUCCGACGGAAACCCCUCUUUGUCUUAGCUGCAAAAAUCCUCGAUACUUGAGCAUCGGAAUUGGCAAGGAACACCUUCCGGGCGUUAAUAGCGUUAAACUAGAGGAUGUACACAGGAUCUCUCGCGAUGGUAUUCUUAAAGUUAAGGAUAGUUUGGCAAUUGCUCAUAAGAACUUAAAUAGGAAGAAAAUCGACCAACACGUGUUUCCAGUAGUUCACAGAGCCAAUUGUAACAAUAUUCGAAGAAGUUUUUCUCAACCAAAUUUAUACAGAAUAUGGAAAUGUUACGGCUGCCACUAUGAGAACAAUUCAAUAACCUGGCAUUGCAUAAACUGUGAUUCAAUAAGUACGCUAGCACCGGUGUACAAAGGUAGCGCAAAAAAGCAAUUGAAUCAAAAUGCUAAUCAAAAGUCCUGUACGUAUGUCUUGGGUGAGGAGAGCUACGCAAAAAGUCUAAUUGACAAGAAAGCUCUUAGUAUGGAAUUUAUAGACGGAAAAAAGUGUCAACUUUGUGUCUACAAUCGUUUCAACCUAAAGAAUACUGCUUGUGUGCACAAAAAAUUGGAUGUGUUCAAUUCCAACCAUCGAGAACUUCAAUCCAGUUCCGAUAACAAAUCCAUUCCUGAAAAAAAUUACUCUAGAUGGAAACAGAAAGUAAGUCCUAAAGAUCAUACAGAACAUCCUACUUAUUUUACCGAUAUCCAUUCGAACGAAAAUAACAGUUGUUAUACAAGCGAAAGUAAAACAUUGCAACAGUUUACAAUUACGACUUUAUCGAAAAAGAUACGUGUUGGCACAGCACAAAGUGCGUCAGGUGAAAACCAUCGAGACUGUGGUAUAUUCGUAACCGUAAGAGAUUGGAUAGUAAAGGCAGGUCCCAGUCAAUCGCGGGAAACGAUAUCGGACUAUAAGAAAGGAUCCAAAGAAUCUCAGCAAAAGGACAAUAGUACCGAGAAAAUGAUUCCCUCGGUUAAAGAGAAUAUCAGCAAACAGGACCCAGAAUCAGCAGAACCUAUAUACGCUGUGAUAAACAAACAAAACAAGCUAAAGAAUCAACAAAAGUCCACUACCAGACAACAGACGAGCAUUUCCAUGAAUUUUGAUCGAUACUACGAAAACGUUGAAGGGAUAAGAAAACAACAGGAUAAUCAACAACUAGCAAUGAACGAUCCAGCUGGAUUGGAAGGCUACUUGGAGACUAGCGUGUCGCAUAAAACGGAUAAUUUGAACAACAAUUCGUCGACAGGUGAUGGCAUUCCCGUCUACGCUGAAGUACAGAAAAAGAUGAAAACAAAAAAACUUCAGCAGUUACCGAAACGAAUGUGGACUUGUAUCAAAUGUUCCUACGCUUACAAUUCAAUGUUUGCCGAAGUGUGUGACAUCUGUUACUCAUCGAAAUCCAAUCCGGUGACUGUCACUAAAUGUGAUAAAAACGUUUUCGAUUACCGCAACGAGAACGAUUUCAUGGGAAUUAAGGACACGGAUUUUCCUCAGCCGUCACUGAGAUCUAUCUCAGGAUUUAACGAAAUCCCGGCGAUAGUUAAAGUACCGAUAGCAACUGGAGAACAAGAUUUAGACGAUGAUUAUGCUGCCACAUCAAAAACGAUGCAGGAUAAAGACUGGACAUGUAAAAAAUGUACCUUAGUUAAUGCACCGACAGCGUUAGCGUGUGCGGCUUGUGGUGGAUCAAAAUUGCGUAGUAUUUCUAGCAUAGAAGAAACAACACUUAAGAAAGGAGAAUUUUGGUCCUGUGGGAAAUGUACACUGAAAAAUUCUUUAACUGACAAUAUUUGUGGAGCAUGCAAAUCUCAAAGAAACAUAACAAACCCAGGUCAAGCACAAAGCCAUCUAGCAACUCCUUGUGUCGCAAGACUAUCUCGUUGUCCAUCACCUAAAUCUGACAAAACGGUCAAUUCAGGAGCAGUACCAAAGCGUCACAGCACAGGAAGUUUAAUGACUAAGACGUGCAACUACAGCGCAGAAGGUGACAAAAACCGAUCUAACGAAAAAACCUGGCAUUGUCCAGCUUGUACGUUCGAAAACUCUUCUGCAAGUGUAGUUUGUGAUAUAUGUUCUAGUCAUCGGCUAAUUACCAAGGAUAUUGCGUGUUCAAUCAAUGUAAAUAGUGAUAUUUUGAAGCAUGAGAGUAAACUAAUGGAGAAUCUAAGGCAAAUUGAAGAAUCUGCAGCACUCAGCAAAUGGAUAAACAUUAUUCAAUAUUGCAAGGAAAACAGCGAGCUCUUUGUAGACGAUUCAUUUCCGCCAGCAACAAAAAGCCUGUACUAUAAUCCAACAUCCAAUAUAGAAGCUAAUCCAGUUGUACAAUGGCUGCGACCUCAUGAAAUCAGCUGUGACGGAGGGAAUUUUCCGCCUUGGGCCGUUUUUCGAACACCACUACCUUCGGAUAUUUGUCAAGGUGUAUUGGGUAAUUGCUGGCUACUGAGUGCGCUAGCAGUUUUAGCAGAAAGAGAAGACCUCGUUCGAGAAGUCUUGGUUACUAAAGACAUGUGCCCUCAGGGAGCGUAUCAAGUGAGGCUUUGUAAAGACGGCAAAUGGACAACAGUAUUGGUAGAUGAUCUACUACCUUGUGAUAAAAAAGGACACUUAGUUUAUUCCCAAGCUAAACGGAAACAACUAUGGGUUCCUAUAAUAGAGAAAGCAGUCGCAAAAAUUCAUGGCUGUUACGAAGCGCUUGUCUCUGGUAGAGCAAUAGAAGGUUUAGCUACUUUAACGGGCGCACCAUGUGAAAGCAUACCCUUACAACCUAGUUCUAUUCCAUUACCCAGUGAAGAUGAUCUCGAUAGGGACUUAAUAUGGGCGCAGCUACUGAGUUCAAGGCUUGUUAAAUUUCUAAUGGGCGCCAGCUGUGGUGGAGGAAACAUGAAAGUGGAUGAAGAUGAGUACCAAAGAAAAGGACUUCGCCCACGCCAUGCAUAUUCAGUAUUAGACGUUAGGGACAUUCAAGGAAACCGAUUGUUGAAGUUGCGUAAUCCAUGGGGUCAUUACUCUUGGCAAGGUGAUUGGUCAGACGAUUCUCCCCUCUGGACCGAAGAGCUACGAGAUGUCUUAAUGCCUCACGGAGGAUCCGAAGGAGUAUUUUGGAUAUCAUUUGAAGAUGUGCUCAAAUAUUUUGAUUGCAUCGACAUAUGCAAGGUUCGCAGUAACUGGAAUGAAGUUCGAUUACUUGGAACCUUGCAGCCAUUGUGCGCAUUGUCUUGUGUUCUUCUUACCGUUCUUGAGCCAACUGAAGCGGAAUUCACGCUAUUUCAAGAAGGACAAAGGAACUCUGAAAAAUCUCAAAGGUCUCAGCUAGACCUGUGCGUUGUAGUAUUUAGAACCAGAAAUCCAGCGAAACCUGAAGUAGGAAGACUUGUUGAGCAUAGUAAGAGACAGGUUCGUGGUUUUGUAGGAUGCCAUAAAAUGCUAGAGAGAGACCUCUAUCUCCUGGUUUGCCUUGCAUUUAAUCAUUGGCACACGGGAAUCGACGAUCCCUCGUUAUAUCCACAAUGCGUUUUAGCAAUCCACAGCUCAAAAAAAUUAUUAGUCGAACAAAUAACUCCUCCUCCGUAUCUUCUGGCCGAUGCCAUAAUCAGCCUUACAUUAACUAAGGGUCAGAGACACGAGGGUCGUGAAGGCAUGACGGCUUAUUAUCUUACGAAGGGUUGGGCAGGUCUUGUUGUAAUGGUAGAAAAUAGACACGAGAACAAAUGGAUUCACGUAAAAUGUGACUGCCAAGAAAGCUACAAUGUAGUAUCCACCAGGGGAGAGUUGAAGACGAUCGACUCUGUACCUCCUUUGCAACGACAGGUUAUAAUCGUUCUCACACAGCUGGAAGGUAGUGGAGGUUUCAGUAUCGCUCACCGUUUAACACACAGACUGGCAAACUCAAGUGGCUUGCAUGACUGGGGCCCACCUUCGGCUACACAUUGUCCCCCGAUUGACAACGUGUACGAUCUCCACUCUCCACGUUUGAUAACCUAAAACACCGUCAAUCCCACAUCAUUCUACACCAAAACUACAGAGCUCUACGAUGAAUAAUAAAUAUUUCAGACAACUUUAAA